ACGUCCCCGACCCGAGAACGAAGCCUUUCCCUCUUUCUCUUCGUGCUGUGAAAUUUAAGCAAAAGGGACGCUUUGUCGACCUCUCUCGCUCUCUUCCUCUCUAUUUUGCCUUCCAGAUCUCAUCAAUAGCUCCAAUCCUCCCUCUACGGUGAGCGGAAGAGGAAGACGAGGAGCGGAGAGACCCGCAUUCCAGCGAAUUUUUGAUACUGUGUCGGCGUUGCGGCUUCUGGAUCUAUGAUCUAGAUUGGGAGUUCUUUAAUCGGAGACUAUCUCUGGCUAAGUUUGAGGAGAGAUCCAUUUCAAGUUUGGAGCUGUGUUAAUUAUUAGUACUGCUUCUGGGGCAUCUUUGAUUUUGAAGAUGAAAAACGGGGUGGUGGAAUGCACUGUGUGCCAUUCCAACUUGUUGUCGCCAAGUGCUAAAACAAUAUCGAGAGCAUAUGAUAAACGUAGGAACCGGUUUUCAUCAAAAGCUCAAGCUCUCAAUUUUCUUUUGGUUGUUGGUGAUUGUUUCUUGGUUGGUCUCCAGCCUAUUUUAGUUUAUAUGUCUAAGGUUGAUGGCGGCUUUAAGUUUAGUCCCAUUAGUGUGAAUUUUUUGACGGAGGUUGCAAAGGUUCUAUUUGCCGUCAUCAUGCUAAUAUUCCAGGGUAGAAGGCAAAAAGUGGGAGAGAAGCCCCUUCUUUCAAUUUCUACAUUUGUGCAGGCAGCUAGAAAUAAUGUGCUCCUUGCAGUUCCUGCUCUUUUAUAUGCUAUAAACAACUAUCUCAAGUUUAUCAUGCAGUUAUACUUCAACCCUGCAACUGUGAAAAUGUUGAGUAACCUGAAGGUUUUAGUGAUUGCUGUUCUGUUGAAGAUAAUAAUGAGAAGGCGCUUCUCUAUAAUUCAGUGGGAAGCUCUAGCGCUUUUGCUUAUUGGAAUCAGUGUGAAUCAGUUAAGGUCACUGCCCGAGGGUACCACUGCAAUGGGUCUACCAGUGACGACAAUUGCUUAUAUAUACACAUUGAUAUUUGUGACUGUGCCUUCCUUCGCCUCAGUUUACAAUGAAUAUGCUUUGAAAAGCCAAUUUGAGACAAGUAUUUACCUCCAGAACUUAUUUUUAUAUGGCUAUGGUGCAAUAUUCAACUUUCUUGGUAUUGUUGGAACUGCCAUUGUCAAAGGCUCCAGUAGCUUCAACAUUCUUGAAGGACAUUCGAAAGCAACUAUGCUUCUCAUAUUCAACAAUGCAGCACAAGGCAUACUUUCCUCAUUCUUUUUCAAAUAUGCAGACACAAUCUUAAAGAAAUACUCAUCGACAGUGGCGACAAUUUUCACCGGCAUAGCAUCUGCCGCACUGUUUGGACAUACCUUAACGAUGAACUUUAUGCUAGGAAUUUCAAUAGUUUUCAUUUCAAUGCAUCAGUUUUUCUCUCCAAUAGCCGAAGUUAAAGACGAAACACUAAAUGAAACAUUAGAAUUGAUGGAUACUCAAAAACUCAGAUCAAAGGAUGCAUCCUUCAUAAACAUGACUGCUGGUGCGACCGAGGAUGCUAGCCAUCAUUUAGGACCGGAUGAACGGCAACCGCUUCUACCCACCUGAUUUCAUUUCAAAACAACUCUUCCUUUUUUCGGUAUUCUAAAGGAGGGAUUCUUUUGGCUGAACCUGAUACUAAGACAAGCCAGUUCUGAAUAGGAUGAAUAAAACAGUUCAUUGAAGAAGUUCAUAUAUAUAUAUAUAUAUACAUAGAGAGAGAGAGAGAGAGAGAGAGAGAAAGGGAGAAAAAUAUGAGUGGUAGAUACCUAUCUAACUAUCAAUUUUGUGUUUCAUGAAUUUUCAUUAUCAUGCUACAAUGUUCACCUUGAAAGGAAUAUUGGAAGUUAAUAAGAGAGUGAUACUUGGAAAAAAAAAGUGGGUGAAGGUUGUAGCAAGAUAUGUUUCUCUGUUAUCUGUGGAUUUGUUUUCUUUUUUUCCUAGUAAAUUGUUUUUGCUUUUAAAGGUUGUCUUUUGCAUU